AUUAUAAAUACUAUUUUAUUAAAAUAUGUUAUAAACAAUAAUAAUUUAGAGAGAAUUUUGAAUCGUACACAAAUAAAGAAAUGCCAACUGUGGUCGAGGCUGGAUCCAGUGAUUAAUAUUAUUUUAUAUUUAAAUCUUAAAUAGAUCUUUAGUUUUUAUAAACUGCACGCCGAACACGGUCGAUCUUGAAGCGCAAUCACUGACAUUAAAAAUAAUAUCACAAAUUAAAUUGACGGUUAAUUUUAAUAAUUUAAUGGAAAAAAUUACCUUAGCCAGGGUUUAAAAAAUAUUAAUAUAUAAUAUUGAUAGUCUACUUGCAAAAUGUAAGUCUGACUUACGUCAAUUAGUAGACGUACAACAUUUUGCAAGUAGAUCACCAAUCCCGAUUAAAAUGCGUCUUCAAUCCGUCAUUAUUCGCUAAAGCGAGAGCAUAUCUCGAUCUAACUUUUGUAUGAAUGUAAUUCUUACAUAUGAUAGAUCUUUUGUAGACAAAUAUAAAAAAAUCUAAAGUUUUCGUAACAUUAUUCUGAUAUUUCUGCACUUAUUUUUGCGUUAAUUACAUUCUUUCAUGAGCGUUUUAUUUAUAUCUUUAACUUUGGAACUUGGAAACUGAUGAAAAAUUAAGAGUGCUUCCGAAUUUUCGAAACAAUCCUCAGACAAUUCUUAGACAUCCACUGAAUUAUUUUGAUAUUCUAAAUAUCUAAUUGUUAUCUAAAAAUCUAAUUAUUAAGAUUCUUACGAAUAUUUCUUCAUUUUUUAGAUGUACACUUCUCACUUUGUUUCAACAAGCGAAUAUUAGAUCCUAUCUCAUUUUCUUCUUGCCGCAUCGUAGAUAAUUUUAACAGAUGAAUUUGAUUUGCGCAAAUUAAAUUGUAAUUUUCAAUAUUUACACAUAAAUUGAAGUAAAAUUGAAACUCGCGAACUUUCUAUGGAGUCAUCCUUAGCGCAUCUACAGAAUUCCAUAUAGUCGAUCAUUCGUCCUCAGUUUAACGAGUUCAGUCGCAAACAGCUUGCCGAAUCCGAAGUGGCAUCCUUCAAUUGUAACGUGUAAUGUCGCGUAACAUACAACAUGUAAUGAAUCCUACGAUGUCACGCACCGUCUGCGGACGCGAAUCCAAAUAACGCCAUUACGCAAUUGAAUUCCCCAUAACUUCGUUGACGACGACGAAGACGUUGGAGUCGAAGGCGGUUCGAGGCGCCAUUGGGCGCAGCACUCGGCUUUUCGUGCGGAACAUCAGCCUACGACCAAUCCGAGUCCCGGGUGCUUCAUUCCGUCCGGACCGCCCACGUGGGAGGAUGCCCGUUCUCUGGUUCUGUCAUGCCGCGAUCAACGUCAUCCGCGGUCCAGAUUCCGCUCCCGUGCCGUGCGAGGCGAGCGGCAGUCAUCCGAAAACACUUAGCGGCGCAUCAUAGCGACUCGAGACCCGACGUAAGCUCGUUACGCGCCGACGAAGCGAGUCUAAAUAAUUGACCCCUCCGCGGCGGAAUCGCGCAAACAAUUUACAUCCAACCGUGUAAAUAUCCGCGACCUCGGCGUCGCGUUUACUGGAAUACGGCGAAGGUCCCCUUUCGGACGGCGGGGGUCGUUGCUCCGCGAAACGAUGGGAUUCUCGAUCGGAAUCGGCUUGACAAUGAUUUUCGCGUGAAACGCGUCGCGUGACGAUAAUAUCGCCGGUUUCUUUUUUUUUUUCUUUUCUUCGUGUUAACGCUGCACGCCGCGUGUUGUCCCUCGGAUCGUCACCGAGCGUACCAGUGUACUCGAAGAUUGUGUGCAAAUCCGUGGGAUAUAUUCGCGCGUAAGAUGCUUGUCAUGGGCGGACUUUGAUGAUCGGGAAGCAGAGCUCGAUGGACCAAAGUGUGAUCGUGGCAUCCGUAGCCCGCGACGCCGGCGCCGACAACGUGCGGUUGAUGAUGAAAAACGAGUCCGACGCUGGUAGCUUGCAUCAGCAGCAGGAACAGACGGUCGUCGUGCAUCCGAAUUCGACGGUGGCGGCCGCACGAUCGGCAGUAUUACCAAUGGGCGCGGGUAAUCUGCCGCAGGAGACGAGCUUGGAGCCGCUCAUGUGCAAUCCGACGAGCAGCGAGAUGCAGGCGAGAAAACCUGGCACGCGACGCCAGGAGAAGCCACCGUACUCGUACAUCGCGCUGAUCGUGAUGGCGAUCCAAUCGAGCCCGGGCAAGAGGCUGACUCUCUCGGAGAUCUACUCGUUCCUGCAGCAGCGUUUCCCGUUCUUCCGCGGUACGUACCAGGGCUGGAAGAACUCGGUACGUCACAAUCUCAGCCUGAACGAGUGCUUCAUCAAGCUGCCGAAGGGUCUGGGUCGACCCGGCAAGGGUCACUACUGGACCAUCGACCCAUCCACCGAGUACAUGUUCGAGGAGGGUAGCUUCCGGCGGCGACCCCGCGGCUUUCGACGCAAGUGUCAGGCGUUAAAGCCGAAUAUCCGCAGUACGCAAUAUCCGCAGUACUACUCGAGCGCCGGUCCCGGCGUUGGCGUGCAAACGCCCGGUCCCUACGAGAAUCUGGCCGCCGGACCCGGAGGUAUCGAGUACGCGAACGGCUAUCAGAAUCAGUAUCAGAACUAUCCGGAAUACGCCAUGUACGCGCCGAGCGCGGCGGUGUCUGCCGACUGGACGUACCCGGAGGGCCCGGCGACGUACAAGUCCGGGCCGCCGAUAGCCGAGGUGACCUACAAGACCACCGAGGUCACGUACAAGACCGGUGCCGAGGCGACGCCGUCGGUCUACAGGAACGGCGAGCUGGUGACGUUCAAAAGCGAGCCUGGAGCUUUCAGCGCUCGCGGCCAGGAUCAGCUGACGGCGUACAGGCCGCCGGCCGACGGAUUCCCGACGGUCAAGGAUCAUCAUCCGCAGCAUCAUGCCGACUACAAGGACGAGGCCACAAUGAUGGGUUACAAGUGCGCCAACUCGACGCCCACCACUCAAGCACCCGGGCAGGAUUAUUACGUCGGUUACGGUCUCAACAAUGCCACCGGCCACGGUGUCAACAUCGCCAUGCAGUCUAUGCAGGAGCAGCCGGGUGGUAACAGCAGCCCUGUGACCAACGUCAGUUCGCCGCACAGCGGAUGUCAAACUCCUGUCGCGGAUCAUGGGAUAAAAAUGCCGUGCACCAAUUCCAGCUCCAGUUCGAACAAUUCCGGUGGCGGCAUCAUUGACCGGAAGCCAUCCUAUUUCGCGCAUCCCGGAGGCUCGGUAACCUUGAGCUCCCUAGGCUCGCUGGGCUCGUUAAAUCUGAGCAACAUCGGCGGCCUGAGCAUAUCCAACAUACCUGGCACAGUUUCCUCGAAUAUUCAUCACGCAUCGACACCUCCGCCCACGACGAUGUACUACGAUCAGAUCAAGUAUAGUAUGUGAAGACGUUUCCUUUCCCAAGAAAAAGAAAAAGUCAAUAAGUUAAUCCGUAAAAUUAUUUUUUAUAUUGAAAGUUUCAUAUUUGAAAUAUUGAAACACCUCGCGCUUUUGUCAGCAAAAAUGAGCAAAUCUCAAGUUAAAUUCCCUUGUUAUGUACAUUCUGAUAAUGCCUGGAAAUGUACACAGAGUUAUAAGCUAAACUUACAAAACGACAAUUUUUGUUAAAUAACGUUGAUCGAAUCUAACAUGUGAGCUAUUAGUUUUUUAAUUCGCUUUUAUCAUUUUUCUUCUCUAAAGAUACUUUAUUUUAAAAUCAGUGAAACGUAAUUUUUAUAGCCUAUGAUUAGCUAUAAAAAUUAAUGGAGGAAAAGAUAACAAUGUGAGUUUUUUAUUUUGCUGCUUUAAGCUUGACACUAAACGUUACACGAAAAAACUUUGAUAUAAGUAACUUGCAAUAGAUAAAUAUCAAUUUUAACAAAAAAAUCAUGCCAGUCGUGGCAACUGUUUUAUAACUUGGUCUGAGAAACAAAUUAAAGAGAUUAAUUGUUAACGUAAUUUUAAAUGGAGCUCACAUUACCAUUUUUUUCUCAAAUUUAUUAAGUUUAUUAACAUUGAUUUAGAAUUGGAAAACUGAUUUACGCGCACAAUUAUAUAAAAUUGCAGAUUUUUCAAGAUCUUUGUAGUCCAAUAAAUUUGAUUUACGAAUUGAUGUUCAUAAUCAGAAGAAAAAAAAGAGAUACUCGAUUCUCAAUUUGCGGGAUUAAGCGAAAUAUGUAAAAAGAAAAAUGUAAAAUAUAGUUUAACUAUAAAAUAGUUAAAAAGAAAAGAGAUAUUAUGAUUAAUCGUGGCUCAAGCGUGUACAACGUGAUGCGCAUCGGAAAAUGUGUCCGCUUUAAAAAAAAAAAGAAACGAUGAAUCUCGACCGUAUUUGUAUUUAUGAUCCAUUAAUCGAUGUAAUUAAUUUAACGCAGAAAGUAAGUCUGUAGAAUUAAAUAAUGUUUGCUAAGAAAAUUCUUUGUUGAUCUCAUUGAUGUCUCUCAAUAAUUUGGUGCCCGACUUUCCAUCCCGAUAUUAAAUUGACACGUAUUAAAUGGCGUAAUUGAUCACACGAAACACAAAACUUCAACUGAACGAUUUUGUUAAAUCUUUCGGAAAAUUGAAAUUUUGUGUAAAAUUAAUUUAUGUUAACUAUCUUGUGUGCGGUAAGAUGUAGGAUAAUAAUUAAAAAAAUGAAGAAUUACAUUUUAUAAAGCUAUUUCUAUAGUUUGUUACAAAUAAGCGUUACAAAAUAAAUUGAUCGUUUUAAUGAUAAAAUUUCAAGAGAUUGAAAUAUAAGAGUGAACUAAUGGUUUCAUUUCUAUCAAUAUCUUUAUAUUUUUCAAUGAUGCUUCGAACACAUAGCAAAAUAUUUUUUAAAAAUUGCAAAGACAAAUUACAAAUUUAUUAAUCUACUGCAAUUUU